GUGCCCACGGUGGCUCUGACCGGAGGAGCCACCGUGGAGCCGGGGACAGGGGAAGCGGGGCAGUGUUCCGCGGGGUGAGGGGCGCCCAGCCCCGGAGCGAGCGCUGGGUGGGCGUCGCUGGUGGGUGGCCCCUGGGCGGCGCGGGCCGGGUUUCUGCGGGUGGGGCGCUUAGUCCCGCCCCCGAAGGAGGCGGGAGAGGUGCCCGAGCCCGGCCGCUGGCUGGGCCCCGCCGCAGCUCCCGCCGGCCGGCUUCGUGCUGCGGGCCCUCUCCCGGCGGCCGCCCGGCCGACCCAGCCCCGCCAUGCCCUCCGCGGGCUUCCGCGAGGCCGCGCCGCUCGCCGCCGUCGCCCUGUUGGUGCUGGGGGCUCCCUUGGCGCUGGCCGGCGAGGACUGCCUGUGGUACCUGGACCGGAAUGGCUCCUGGCAUCCGGGCUUUAACUGCGAGUUCUUCACCUUCUGCUGCGGGACCUGCUACCACCGGUACUGCUGCAGGGACCUGAGCCUGCUCAUCACCGAGCGGCAGCAGAAGCACUGCCUGGCCUUCAGUCCCAAGACCAUCGCAGGCAUCGCCUCGGCUGUGAUCCUCUUUGUUGCUGUGGUUGCCACCACCAUCUGCUGCUUCCUCUGCUCCUGUUGCUACCUGUACCGCCGGCGCCAGCAGCUCCAGAGUCCAUUUGAAGGCCAGGAGAUUCCAAUGACAGGGAUCCCAGUACAGCCAGUAUACCCAUACCCCCAGGACCCCAAAGCUGGCUCUGCACCCCCACAGCCUGGCUUCAUGUACCCCCCUAGCGGUCCUGCUCCACAGUACCCAAUGUACCCCGCCGGGCCCCCGAUCUACAACCCUGCAGCUCCUCCUCCCUAUGUGCCACCACAGCCCUCUUACCCAGCAGCCUGAGGAACCAGCCGUGUCUCUGCUGCCCCUUCAGUGAUGCCAACCUUGGAAGAUGUCCUCAUCCUGUCCCUGCAUCUGGCCCCGGGGGUGGGCAGGGGCCCUCUAGUCACCAGGCCCCAGACCAAGCCAAAUACUGGGCCCUACUGGGACAGAGCCCCAGGAAGUGGAACAGGAGCCAAGCUGGAACUAGGCCAUGAGUGAGGGGUCGGGGGGAGGGUUUGGGGUUGGUGGGCUAAUUUUACUGAGGACAAGGGAGGGAGGUGAUAGCCCGGGUCACAGCCCCUGCUUUCAAAUCGUCCCUCUGCUCCUAGGAUUCCAGCCCAGAAGGCUGGGGCCCUCCUGUUUGCCCACUGUGGGCUGGGGUGGGGGCAGGGAGGAGGCUUUAGCAGCAGCUGGCGGUUGCCCUCCUCUCUGACCGCCCCACUGGCCAGGGUUCUGGCCCGCUGGAUUAAAGCUGUAAAGA